GGCGGCGGCUUCUUCUUCUGGGGCCUUCCUGGCUCUCCUCACGCCCGCCCGGCGGUGGCGGCAACCGGGAAAUGGUCGGGGUGUAGCGAAGGAGCCAGUGGAGGGAACCUAGAAACAGCAAAGCUGAGAGCAUGCUACGGAGGAUGGACACCAAGGAGGCUCUGUUGGGGACAGAAAGAAAGAAAAAUGAGCAACAUGAACCGUGAAGACCGGAAUGCGCUGCGUAUCAAAGAAAGAGAGAGGCGUAAUCAAGAAAUUCAGCAGGGUGAAGAAGCCUUUCCACCUAACUCUCCUCUCUUUGCUGAACCAUAUAAAGUUACCAGCAAAGAAGAUAAAUUAUCUAGCCGUAUCCAAAGCAUGCUUGGAAACUAUGAUGAAAUGAAGGAUUUUAUAGGUGACCGGUCCCUCCAGAAGCUUGUUGAAAUUCCUAAACCAACAGUACCAUCAACAACAGAUGAUAAAUCAAACCAAAGUUUCUUUGGUGAUCAGAGGCACAGUACUGGCUCUCAUCAGAGCAGCAAAUGGACGCCUGUAGGUCCAGCACCUAGCACUUCUUCCCAGUCGCAGAAGCGUUCCAUAGGUUUACAGAGUGGACAUGGUGGCCAGCGCAACAGUGGCAAUAACACUAGCAGUAGUGGGCAAAGGCAUGAUCGUGACUCAUAUAGCAGUAGUGGGAGCAGCAGUAGCCGUAAAAAAGCCCAGCAUGGAUCUGAACAUUCAAAGUCCCGUUCUUCCAGCCCUGGAAAACCACCUGCGGUUUCUUCUCUGAACUCCAGUCAUUCCAGGUCUCAUGGAAAUGAUCAUCACAGCAAGGAACAUCAGCGCUCCAAAUCUCCACGAGACCCUGAUGCCAACUGGGACUCACCCUCCCGCGUACCUUCCUUUUCUAGUGGCAGUCAGGCUUUCCCUCCUUCGCUUAUGUCUAAAUCUAACACAAUGUUGCAGAAGCCUACUGCCUAUGUAAGGCCUAUGGAUGGUCAGGAGUUGAUGGAACCAAAGCUAUCUUCUGAACACUACAGUAGCCAGACACACAGCAACAAUAUGAAUGAACUGAAACCUGGUAAAGCACAUCUAACAAAGCUGAAAAUUCCAUCUCAGCCGCUUGAUGCAUCAGCAUCCAGUGACAUGAGCAGUGUGGAUGAAAUUCUAAAAGAGAUGACCCAUAUUUGGCCACCACCAUUGACAGCUAUUCACACACCUUGCAAAACUGAACCUUCAAAGUUUCCAUUCCCAACAAAGGAAGCUCAGCAAUCUAAUUUUGGCACUGGAGAACAAAAAAGAUACAAUCCUUCAUCAAAAACAUCUAAUGUCCACCAGUCUAAAUCGUGUGAAUCAAACCAGACAAAUGUUCUUAUAAAUGACUUGAAAAUCAGCAGCAGCGAAGACAGUGAUGGCGAGCAGGAUUCUGAUAAGACUGUGCCAAGAGGUACACCUGGAAGUAAUUCUGAACCUUCCCAGCAUACAAGUGAAGGAGCAGAUAAUUCUAGGGAUGACUCAAGCAGCCAUAGCGGAUCUGAGAGCAGUUCUGGUUCAGACUCGGAAAGUGAAAGUAGUUCAAGUGACAGUGAGGCAAAUGAGCCAUCCCAGAGUGCGUCUCCUGAGCCGGAACCGCCUCCAACAAACAAGUGGCAGCUGGACAACUGGCUGAACAAGGUGAAUCCACAUAAAGUAUCACCAGCUUCUUCUGUGGACAGUAACAUCCCAUCAACACAAGGCUACAAAAAUGAGGGUAGAGAUCAGAGCACAGGGAGUGGAUAUGCAGAUCAGAGUGGAUCUAAAGAAUCAAUUUCUUCCACUCCUGGGAGAGAUUCAAAAACCAGCCAGAAAGGAUCAGAGAGCAAUCGGGGCAGACAAAAGUCACCUGCUCAGAGUGACAGCAUGACCCAAAGGAGGACUGUAGGUAAAAAACAGCCCAAAAAGACAGACAAACCAUCUGUGGAAGAGCCCAGAGGGGGACUGAAAAUAGAAAGUGAAACUCCAGUGGACAUGACAACAAAUAUACCCUCUAACAGACACAAGGCAGCCACAAAAGGCUCUAGAAAGCCCAACAUAAAGAAGGAGCCCAAAUCUUCCCCUCGGCCUACAACCGAGAAAAAGAAGUGCAAGGUUGCAAACAAGUCCUCCCAGAAAUCCAAGGAAUUCAUAGAAACAGAUACCUCAUCCUCUGAUUCUGAUGAGAAUGAGAGCUUGCCUCCUUCAUCACAAACCCCCAAAUAUUCUGAGAGCAAUAGGACUCCUGUUAAACCCUCCAUGGAGGAGGAUGACAGCUUUUUACGGCAACGAAUGUUCUCUCCUAUGGAAGAGAAGGAACUCCUUUCACCACUCAGUGAUCCUGAUGAAAGGUAUCCCCUUAUUGUGAAGAUUGACUUGAGCCUCUUAACCAGAAUACCAGGGAAGCCUUACAAAGACACAGACCCAUCAAAAGUUGAGAGGAAGAAUGUGUCUGAGAAGCAUCCAAGGGAGCCCCAGAAAACAUCCUCCGACAAAGGUUCCACCAAGGGCAAGCGGAAGCAUAAGUUAAGCCAGAAUGCAGAAGAAAGCCGAGGCGUUGAAAGCAAGAAAACUAAACUAGAAGAAAAGGCUUCUUCAGCACACAAAACAUCCAGUAACAGAGAAUCAUCAAAGCAGAGUGCGGUUAAGGAGAAGGAUCUUCUUCCAUCUCCAGCCACAACCCCAGCCACCCAGAAAGAUUCCAAGCAAGAGCAUGGGUCUCGGAAGAGAACCGUCAGUCAGUCGUCUUCCUUGAAAUCGAGCAGUAACAAUAACAAGGAGACUAGCAGCAGCAAAGGUAGCUCUUCUAAACAAAAGAAGACUGAAGGGAAGGCCUCAAGUAAUACCAAGGAAGCAAAGGAGAAGCUUUUAAAUAAUUCUUCAAACUGCCCUUCUGCCUCCACCAUGACUACAGAUAACUCGAAGUCCCGGAGAGCAAAGCUAGCGUUUGAUGACAGGACUUACUCAGCAGAUCACUACUUACAAGAAGCAAAGAAAUUAAAGCACAAUGCUGAUGCAUUGUCUGACAGGUUUGAGAAAGCUGUGUACUACCUUGAUGCCGUAGUGUCGUUCAUUGAAUGUGGGAAUGCAUUGGAGAAAAAUGCUCAGGAAUCAAAGUCCCCGUUCCCUAUGUAUUCUGAAACUGUGGAGCUGAUCAAGUACACUAUGAAACUGAAGAAUUACUCAGCACCAGAUGCUACUGCAGCAGACAAGAGGCUAGCAGUGCUGUGUCUUAGAUGCCAGUCCCUGUUAUACUUAAGACUUUUCAAACUGAAGAAGGAGAGUGCCCUGAAGUAUUCCAAGACAUUGACUGAACAUCUAAAGAAUUCCUAUAACAAUUCUCAAGCACCAUCACCUGGUAUGGGAAGCAAACCAGUCAGCAUGCCAUCUCCAGUCUCUCCGAAGUUGUCUCCAGGAAAUUCAGGAAAUUACUCUUCAGGGUCAACCAACCCUUCAGGGAGCACAUCUUCAGUUACUAUUCCACAACGGAUACACCAGAUGGCAGCCAGCUAUGUCCAGGUUACUUCCAAUUUUCUGUAUGCCACUGAAAUUUGGGACCAAGCUGAUCAGCUUGCCAGAGAGCAAAAGGAAUUCUUUGCUGAACUGGAUAAAGUGAUGGGCCCUCUGAUCUUUAAUGCAAGUGUCAUGACAGACCUAGUACGUUACACAAGACAGGGACUGCAUUGGUUGCGUUUGGAUGCCAAGUGAUAACUGGACUGAAGAAAUCUAAAGCAUAGAAGAUACUUUUCUUGCUGCCUCUGAUUUUUUUUCAACACUGUGUCAUAAAAAAA